AUGUGUGAAGGGAACAAGACCACCAUGGCCAACCACCAACUGAUGCCCCUAGUGGUAGUCCUGAGCACCAUCUCCUUGGUCACAGUGGGGCUCAACCUGCUGGUCCUGUGUGCUGUGCGGAGCGAGCGGAAGCUACACACUGUGGGGAACCUGUACAUCAUUAGCCUCUCAGUGGCGGACCUGAUUGUAGGAGCUGUUGUCAUGCCAAUGAACAUCAUCUACCUCUUCAGGUCCACGUGGUCUCUGGGCCAGCCUCUCUGCCUCUUUUGGCUUUCCAUGGACUAUGUGGCCAGCACAGCGUCCAUUUUCAGCGUCUUCAUCUUGUGCAUUGAUCGCUACCGCUCUGUCCAGCAGCCCCUCAGAUACCUGAGGUAUCGCACCAAGACCCGAGCAUUGGCCACUAUCUUGGGAGCCUGGUUUCUCUCCUUCCUCUGGAUUAUUCCCAUUCUGGGCUGGCCUUACUCAGGGCCCCAGAAAGACAAAUGUGAGACAGGCUUCUAUGAUGUCACCUGGUUCAAGGUCAUGACUGCUAUCAUCAACUUCUACCUGCCUACCUUGCUCAUGCUCUGGUUCUAUGCCAAAAUCUACAAGGCUGUACAGCAGCACUGUAAGCACCGGGAGCUCAUGAAUGGAUCCCUCCCUUCCUUCUCUGAAAUUAAGCACAAGCCAGAGAACCCCAAGAUAGCAGCCAUGAAACCAAAGAAGAAGUCUCUCUGGGAGGUUCUGAAAAGGAAACAGAAAGUUGCUGGUGGUGGCCCUGUCUUGAAGUCCCAAGAUCUAAAUGAGAAGAAAUCCUCAAGUGUCUGCAGCCAAGAGGAGGAUGAACAAGUGGACAAACGUCACUGCUUCCCGCUUAAUAUUGUGCAAACACAGACAGAGGAAGAGGGGAGUGGCAGGGACUACACGGCCAUCAACCAGAGCCAGAGCCAGCUUGAGAUAGAUGAGCAGAGCCUGACCAUGCAUGGGGCCAGUGAGGUGUCAGAGGACCAGACCCUAGGUGAUAGCCAGUCCUUCUCUCUAGCAGACUCAGACGUCCCCACAGAAUCAGCAUCAGGGAAAGGCAAACCGCCAAGUGAGUCCAGCACACGCCUUGAUUAUAUCAAGUUCACUUGGAAGAGGCUCCGCUCUCAUUCAAGGCAGUAUAUGUCUGGGUUGCAACUGAACCGAGAACGGAAGGCUGCCAAACAAUUGGGUUUUAUCAUGGCGGCCUUCAUCCUUUGCUGGAUUCCUUACUUCAUCUUCUUCAUGGUCAUUGCCUUCUGUAAGAGCUGUUGCAACGAACAUGUGCACAUGUUCACCAUCUGGCUGGGCUACAUCAACUCCACACUGAACCCCCUCAUCUACCCUUUGUGCAAUGAGAACUUCAAGAAGACAUUCAAGAAAAUCCUGCACAUUCGCUCCUAA